UUCCCUGCGAGCGCCAAAACUUCUCACGCAGUUCACACAUUGCGGCGCUCUCUCUUCCCCUCAGCCGGAGAGAGCUCUCUCUUCUGAUUCCUCCUGCAGUGAAGCAUUCUACUCUGAAGUUUCUUCUCUUUAUUUUUUCCUGGUAUAAGUUUGUAUUUCGAAAUUUCACCUGUUCGAAGAAGUCCUAAAAGAGGGUCUCAAUAUGAGGAAAAAAGUUGAUGAGCGGAUUAGGAGUUUGAUUGAAAAUGGAGUAAGGAUGAGGCACCGGUCUAUGUUUGUAAUAAUCGGUGAUAAAUCUCGUGACCAGAUUGUUAAUUUACACUAUCUGUUAAGUAAAGCAGUAAUUAAAUCUAGACCAACCGUUUUGUGGUGUUACAAGGACAAACUCGAGCUUAGCAGCCACAAGAAAAAACGUGCGAAGCAAGUUAAGAAGCUAAUGCAAAGAGGACUUCUUGAUCCUGAGAAAGUAGACCCAUUUUCACUUUUCAUCGAAAGUGGUGGGGUCUCAUUCUGCUUGUACAGAGACUCAGAUAGGAUUCUUGGAAAUACAUAUGGAAUGUGCAUAUUACAGGAUUUUGAAGCCCUCACUCCAAACAUCCUUGCAAGAAGCAUAGAGACAGUUGAAGGAGGUGGUUUGGUUAUUUUGCUGCUUCGUUCACUCUCUUCUCUUAGCUCUUUGUACACGAUGGUUAUGGAUGUGCAUGAAAGAUUUCGUACAGAGGCCCAUCAUAACAUUGUCUCACGUUUCAAUGAGCGGUUUCUACUAUCUCUUGGCACAUGCAAAUCGUGUUUGGUCAUGGACGAUGAACUGAAUAUUCUGCCAAUUUCAUCACAUGUGAAGUCAAUGAAUAUGUCAUCAAUUAAAGAGGGUCAAUUGGUAUCUAUAGAGGGACAAGAUCUGUUGAAUGUUAAGGAGCAGCUGCAUGAUGUCUUUCCCAUCGGUCCAUUAGUUAAAAUUUGCACUACACUGGACCAGACAAAAGCAGUAUCAACUUUCCUUGAUGCAAUUUUGGAUAAAACACUGCAAACUACCAUCGCAUUGACGGCAUCCCGUGGACGAGGCAAAUCAGCCGCUCUGGGAUUAGCAAUUGCAGGAGCCAUUGCUGUGGGAUACUCAAAUAUAUUUGUAACAGCUCCUAGUCCACAGAAUUUGAGUUCUUUAUUUGAGUUUGUCCAGAGGGGAUUGCGCGCACUCAAAUAUGAGGAACAUUUGCAUUAUGAUAUUCUAAGAAGUGAUGCUUCUGAUUCCCGAAAAACUGCGGUGCAAAUAAACAUCUACAAGCAACAUAGGCAAACAGUUCAGUAUGUCCAGCCUCGUGACCAUCAGAAACUCUCUCAAGUUGAGCUUUUGGUCAUUGAUGAAGCAGCUGCUAUUCCACUUCCUGUUAUCAAAUCCUUGCUUGGCCCUUCCUUGGUUUUUCUGUCAUCUACAGUGAAUGGCUAUGAAGGCACUGGCCGUUCUUUAUCACUGAAGCUUCUAAGUCAUUUGGAAAAGAACAGUCAGAUAUCGGCUGCUGGGAAAAAUGACUGUCAUUCAGUUAGGAAAUUUCAGAAGUUGGAACUGAAAGAAUCCAUCAGAUAUGCUGCUGGGGAUCCUAUAGAGUCUUGGCUGAAUAAUUUACUUUGCUUAGAUGCCACAAGUUCUGUGCCACCAAUAAGCAGGUUUUGCCAUCCGAGUGAAUGCAAGUUGUAUUAUGUCAACAGAGACACUUUGUUUUCCUUCCACAAAGAAAGUGAAAUAUUCUUGCAGCAAAUAAUGUCUCUCUUUGUUGCAUCUCACUACAAAAAUUCUCCAAAUGAUUUGCAAUUGAUGGCUGAUGCUCCUGCUCAUCACCUGUUUGUCCUUCUAGGUCCUGUUGAUGAAUCCAAGAACAUUCUCCCUGAUGUUUUCUGUGUACUUCAGGUCUGCCUUGAAGGACAAAUUUCUCGAGAUUCGGCAUUGCAAUGCUUGCAUAAAGGCCGUCUUCCUUCUGGUGAUCAGAUACCAUGGAAGUUUUGUGAAGAGUUUGAAGACACAGGAUUUCCUUCUCUAUCAGGUGUUCGCGUUGUCAGAAUAGCUGUCCAUCCGAGUGCAUUGGCGCAUGGUUAUGGCUCAGCUGCUUUGGAUCAGUUAACAAGGUAUUAUGAAGGACAGUUGUCUCAUAUCAGUGAAAUAGAUAUUGAAAUGAAAGAGGAGACAACGCUACCAAAGAAGGUGACAGAAGCGGCUGAGAAGGUUUCCUUGCUGGAGGAAAGGGUAUCCCCUAGGGAAAAUCUUCCUCCUCUCCUCGUGCAUCUGCAGGAACGAUUGCCUGAAAAAGUUGACUAUAUUGGUGCUUCAUUUGGGCUGACUGGUGAUCUCUUUCGUUUCUGGAAGAAACAUAAAUUUGUUCCUUUUUAUAUAUGUGACACUCCGAAUAAUAUCACUGGAGAGCACAGUUGCAUGGUCCUCAAGCCUUUGGAAACUAAUGAAAUGGAAGGGAGUAGUGUGUGUUCUCCUGGUUUUCUGCAUCCUUUUUACCAGUGUUUCAGGCAAAGGUUCAUGCGACGCCUACCUUUGUGCUUUCAAGAGCUGGAUUACAAACUUGCUAUGAGCAUUUUGGACCCAAAAAUCAACUACUUGGAUCAUGAACCUUUGAUGUCCUCCAAUCGUGAACGUUCCAUGCUGAUGAAAUUAAUUAUAUCAGCAGAUGACUUGAAAUUGUUAGAGGCAUAUGCCAAUAACCGCAAAGAAUAUACAAAGGUCAGGGAUAUGGUGCCACUUCUCGCUCAGUGCUAUUUUCAGGAGCAGCUUCCAGUUACAUUAUCUUACCUUCAAGCAUCUAUCUUGCUUUGUAUGGGCUUGCAGCUCCAUGACGUGACUUAUAUUGAGCAGGGUAAAAUGAACAUAGAAAGGCAGCAAGUAUUGUCUUUGUUUCGCAAAGUUAUGACAAGAUUCCACAAGUACCUAUAUCAUGUCCUCACUGAGGAGUUCGAGACGAGUUUUGCCAAACAAAAAGAGGUUGAAUUACUGCCUCAUGACAUCUCCAUGGAAGAGGAUUUAGAAGAUGGUGCUAAGAGAGUAAGGAAAGAGAUGAAUCAAGAGAAUGUUGGCUUCAUAGAUCCAAAGUCACAUUUACUGCAACAAUAUUCUGUUGUAGACAGAGAAGCUGACUUUGAGCAUGCUCUACGAAGCUGCACUGCAGUAUCGCCUGGCACGCUGUUAAGUGUGAAGUCUAACACAAACGGGAAUGGAAAGUUGGGGAGCAAGAGGAAAGCUGGAGAAACUAAAAACAGAAAAAGGGGUCACAUCACUGGGUCCAAACUGGAUCCAGUGGCCUGUUGAUGAAAUUAUUUCUUUCUACAAGAUUGUUCUUUUGAUUAAUUUACGCAGCAGCUAAGUAGUAGGUAUCCAGUUUUACACUUGGUCCUGGAAAGAGCAUCUGAAGUUGUAAGAAAUAGGCUCAAUUUUGGCAUACUGAGUUUGAGGAUCGAGGGCUUAGUAAUCCAUAGUUGCAGUAGUAAUGGAGGGCUCUAGUUUGUGUGACCGGAUAUCCGAGUGCAUGAAACAGUUGUUAACAACUACAGUAUUUAUCUUCACUGAACUAAGAUUUCUCCAAUUAUCUUAUACAUAACUACGCAAGUGAAUUACUAGUUCGAUUUAUGC